CUAUAAAUUUGUUUUUACUUCUAAAGAACCGUAGGUAGUGAACUCGCCAGUCGCCACGAAACUCACCGCCUUCUCCCCCCGGGCCCCGUGAGAUCUCGCCGAAACCUUUUUGGGUUAGAAGACAUGGAUUUAGGAUGUGCGGAGGAGACAUCUUCGUUUAUGUCCGGUUUCAUUCGCGAGUGCGGUGGAUACGUUGUCAUUGAUGGAGGCUUUGCUACGGAACUCGAACGACACGGGGCCGACCUUAACGACCCUCUCUGGAGCGCCAAAUGCCUUAUCGAUUCUCCUCACCUUGUCAGAAGGGUUCACCUAGAUUACCUUGAUGCUGGUGCAAACAUUAUAUUAACAGCAUCUUAUCAGGCCACCAUUCAGGGAUUUGAGGCUAAAGGCUUUUCUAGAGAAGAAGCAGAAGCUUUGCUUAGGAAAAGUGUAGAGAUUGCAUGUGAGGCACGGGAAAUUUACUAUGAUCAGUGCGCAAAGGAAUCUUGGGACAUCAUGGAAAAUGUAAAGAAUUCGAGACGUCCAAUUUUAGUUGUAGCUUCUGUGGGAAGCUAUGGAGCUUAUUUAGCUGAUGGUUCUGAGUACAGCGGAAUCUAUGGUGGUACAAUUACUUUAGAAACGUUAAAGGAUUUUCACAGGAGAAGGGUUCAGAUUCUUGCCAACUCAGGGGCUGAUUUAAUUGCAUUUGAAACGAUUCCAAAUAAGCUAGAAGCAAAGGCAUAUGCUGAGCUUCUUGAGGAAGAAGGCAUAGAAAUUCCAGCAUGGUUCUCUUUCAAUUCAAAGGAUGGAAUUAAUGUUGUUAGCGGAGAUCCUAUAGCAGAGUGUGCCUCCAUUGCAGAUUCAUGCAAGAAAGUUGUUGCUGUUGGAGUCAACUGUACCCCUCCUAGAUUCAUCCAUGGACUAGUUGCAUCUAUACGGAAGAUAACAAGUAAACCAAUACUGAUAUAUCCCAACAGUGGUGAGAUGUACGAUGCUCAGAACAAGCAAUGGGUGGAAUCAAGUGGGGACGUAGAUGAAGAUUUUGUCGCGUACAUAGUUAAGUGGCAGGAGGCCGGUGCUUCUCUCUUUGGUGGGUGCUGCAGAACCACCCCGAAAACCAUUAGAGCCAUAUCCAAGGCGCUCUCUGAUAAAAACUAAUGCAGUAUGGUCUGAAAUCAUACCACCAGGCUUCCUUCCAGUUCCCUCCUGCAAUAAGGUAGACUGCAAGGAACUAUGUCUUGACUAGAAAACUGGAAAGGAAAUCCAAUGCUCCAUCCCUUGACCGGCAAAAGUAGUUCAACGCUGAGCUGGCGCAUCAGACACAUGACCCUAAACUUCGAAGGCUGGGAUUGUAUUAAGAAUGAGAAGCUAGGAAUGGGAUUUUUUUACUUGCUACUUUCCUUGUAUCAUACUACUGGAAGAAAUAAUGACAAAACUUGGGCAAUCCGUUUUGGAUUCGAAAAGUAUUUCGUU